AUGAAGUACCGUUCAAAUAUAUUUACCAUAACAUUUAUCACAGUGAUUCAUGCACUACAUUGUGAGAGACUACAUAAUCAGAUAUACUCAUCUAUAGAUGGUAGUGCAGCUUGUUUUAGAAGGCUCAAUGGAACACAUCAAAUGGGUUGCUCCUCUUCAGACAAUGGUUCUGUUGGUGUAGUACACAUGAUUAAGGAGAUAAGUGAUGCCCAAUGGCUUAUCAGCAAUUCAAGUGCUGGACCUUAUGUUGCCGUUGUCAGUACAUCCUUAUUUAACAAUAUUAUUGAUCUACUUAUCGCUGAACCGAAUCAUGUCGCAGGCGUCUUGCUAUAUGAUAAUUCAACAACAAGACCAACUGCAUUCAGUCAUGAAUCAAAGUGUCCUAAUGAGUAUUCUGCUGGACCUGGAAGUACUUGCUCAUCACAAGAUUCAAAUGUGUGGAACAGCAAGGGGACAGGCUUACUGAGAAGGGAUAUACCAUUUCCUAUUUUCUUUGUUCCAGAUUCCAAAGUUGAUGAAAUAGAUAAAAUUGAAAAGUGUUACAAUAGGUAUAACUUGGAUAAGAACAAUCAGAUUGGAAAGCCUUUAUGUUCCCUUCAGUUGAGUUCUUUUAUGUAUGCAGCAGUAAACACAGCUGUUUGCUUGAGACGGUCUGCAUCAUCAGCUUUCUUGACACCCACCAAAGUGUGUGAUCCUCUAGGAGACUACAAUGUGUAUUAUUCACUUUUUCCAAGAUCUCAGGAAAAUAAUGGAGAGAAGAAAACAGUUACUCUAGUAACUGCUAGAAUUGAUUCCGCGUCCAUGUUUGAUGGUGUAGCGCCUGGUGCAGCCAGCUCGGUGGUAGGAAUGGUCACAUUGAUUGUAACAGCGUCAACACUUGCUCAGAUGAUUCCACUUGCAGACGCUAAGCUAUAUGAUCAUAACAUACUAUGGACGCUGUUUAACGGAGAGUCAUUCGACUAUAUCGGAUCCCAGCGCACAGCGUACGACAUAAGUCGCGGGCAAUGGCCCCCACUUAGUCCCUUGUCACUAUCUGACAUUAAGCUACAUCUUGAGAUAGGCCAGUUGGGCGGGUCCUUACCAUUGUACAAGGAAAACAGUUCUUGGCCCUUGUAUGCAUUUGCUCCUUAUGGAUCCGUUCUUCCAACAGAGAUAACAGAGUUCUUAGCUGAAAUGUCGCAAGCUGUCAGUUCAAAGAAUAUGAGCUUAGAGCCCGUGAUAACAACAAAUUUGCCGCCAUCUUCACUACACUCGUUUAGGAGGAUUUUCAAGAAUAUCACAGACAACGCAUCGCUCCCUGAGUUGCUGCUCGUUGACCAUAGAGAAACAUUUACCAAUAUGUAUUAUGAAUCCGCUUUGGACUUGUACGAAAAUAUCGAUUUCGUCUAUCGCAAUAUCAGCAUUGGCACUGAUGGAAAAUUCAUACCAACAACCGAGUUAUUAGCUAACGGAAACAUGACUGAAAGCGAUCCGCAAGUCAAAAUUUCGAGAAUAGCAAGUGCUCUUGCGCAGACGCUAUACCAACAAGUCACUGGUAAACCAUAUGUGGGCUCGAUAGACGAAAUGUUGUAUUGCCUGUUGCGUAGUCAAGGGUGUCGAUUACUUUCCGCGGCGGAUUAUAUGAGUAACACCGAUGACGCGACAGUUGGCAAGCCAGCGCCGCUGUACGUUGGCGUGGCCACUUGGUCCAGUACUCCCGCUGUUUACGCGGGCCAUCUACUCGCCCUUCUUACUGGAACACAUCUAGAUAUCAACCGCACCGCAUGCGACGCCCUCAAUGUACCUGGGUUCUCAAAUUAUUAUCUGAGAGGGUGGAACCACAGCGGUGUUUGCGUUCAGACCACGAUGAACUUCAGCCAAGCUGUGAGUCCAGCUUUUAUUAAAACUGAUUACGACUUCACAUCCAAUGAGUUCUCAACUUGGACUGAGUCUGUCUGGCAAGGGAUGUGGGUACGAGUGUUCGUGACGGCUGGUGGUGGGGGCGCGCGACUGGCGUGCAUAACCGGCGCAGUGGCAACUGUCCUAGCCGCCCUCAUCACGUACUGGUUGCAGGCAAACGCGAAUAUCAUCUUCCCCGCUCUCUCCACUGUACCGCUGGUCGGCGACGCUGCGCCUGCGCCAAUUCUGCGGAGCGUGAAUUGUUAA